GGCGCAGCGGGACCUAGAAAACCGGGUCGGGUCGGGCAGCGCGGGGAGAGGUCGGGCCAUGGCGGACGCUUUGAGGGAGCGCACGGCGCAGCUGCUGACCGACUACCUGGAGUACUGCGCCCGCGGCCCCGGCACCCCCGCGCGGUCGCCGUCUACGCGCGAGGCCGCGGUGCUGCGCUCGGUGGCCGCCGUCGUGCGGCAGCGUCACGAGCGCUUCUUGUCGGAUUACCGCGGCUACGGCGGCAACCGCGUCGAGCUGGUGGCUCAGUUGGAGCGGGAGAUACUCGCCCACCCCCAAGCCCUAAGCUGGGGCCGUGUGGUGGCGCUCUUGACCUUCGCGGGAACGCUGCUGGAGCGCCCGCCGUCGGGGGCCUGCUCGAACUUGGGGCCGGACCCGGAACUGGAACUGGAGCUGGGGGAGUGGGAGGCCAGCGUUCGCCAAGACUGCCGGCGCCUGGUGGACUUCCUCUGCGGUCGGCUCACAGGGCAGCACCGCGCCUGGCUGGAGGCGCACGGCGGCUGGGAUGGCUUUUGUCUCUUCUUCACACCCGCGCUGCUGUCUUGGAAAAGACUGCUGGUCCAGGCUCUUCUGUCAUGCUUUACGGCAGUGAUCUUAAUCUACUUCUGGAAAAGAUUACCGAGUCCCGUGGUGAUAGUUCAGCAGGAGCUUUAACUCCUGGCGAGUACUCCGAGGUAUUAAGACAAAGGCGAAAAUGGCUCUUUGAGUGGGGAAGAUGGAUUCUAAAGGUUCAUGGCUCUAAGAAAUUGCAGUAGAAGCUACAUUCUAAUUUAUUGGGUGAGAGCAAGGUGGAAAGGGGCAGAGGGAGAAUCUCCAGCAGACUAUCUGCCCAGCGUCGAGCUCAACCUGGGGCUCAAUCCCACGACCCUGAAUUCAGGACUGGAGCCGAAACCAAGAGUCAGACGCUCAACGGAGCACCUAGGAACCCCAAGUAUGUAUGUAUGACACUGUUUGGAAGAUUGGUUAUAUUACAAAGGCUUUGACUGGAAUGUCGUGCUUGAGAGAGAAAUGCAUCACCUCAGAUACGACCAGACCGCUUUAAGGAAUUAAGAUUGACCUUACGGAACCAAGGGAGCCUCUUGGAACUGUUGGCCUGAUUCCUUGCUUGCAGAGUUCCCAGCGACCUUACCAGAUACGUGGAAGCAGUUCCUGACUCCUUCACUGAGCCAGAACAUGAUCCUUAGUACUCAGAACAAGUCCGCCCCCGCGCACCAUCUGGACUCUGCAACAGUGGCCCUCCGUAGGGACAGUUUUGGUCCCAUAGGUAGGGAUAGCUCUACAACCCCAUUCACAUGAAGUUACAGAAGAUGAGCCCUCCGUCCUUCAGCCUUAAAGAUCUGAGGACCGAAAAAAUAGCCAGAUGGGAAAUGAGGAAUAGAAGAAAAAAAAAAAAAAAAAACCUCAUCUUUAACCCAGAACACCCAGCAUGGAGCCCAGUGCAGGGCUCAAACUCAAAACCCUGAGUGAGAUCAAGACCUGGAUGUUCAACCAGCUUAGCCAUCCAGGCACCUCAGCUGGCUGCUAUGUUCUUGAAUGGUCUCAUGCCUGCCUGUAUGUCUCCCUGAGAGUUAGUAUUUGAGCUGAAUGACAAACUACCAAGAUUUCUCUUUUGCUUUUCAAGUGGAAUUUGAAGAAGGGCAGCUGCCUUCAGCGUGGGUCAUGAUUCCAGGGUCCUAGGGUUGAGGCCCCCAUCAAGCUCCCUACAUGGAUCCUGCUUCUCCCUCUCUUUCUACCCAUCCCCCUGCUUGUGCUGUCAAAUAAAUAAAAUCUUUAAAAAAAAAAAUCUGAGGGGCACCUGGGUGGCUCAGUGGGUUAAAGCCUCUGCCUUCAGCUCAGGUCACAAUCCCAGGGUCCUGGGAUCCAGCCCCGCAUCGGGCUCUCUACUCAGUGGGGAGCCUGCUUCCCCUCCUCUCUCUGCCUGCUUGUGAUCUCUGUCAAAUAAAAAUUUUUGAAUAA